UUAAUCAGAAAUUCUACUACUUAUCACCUCGAUAUCAACCAAAAAUAUCUCGCAUAGGUGUCACCUUUUUACAGUUGAUAAGAGACUAUUGCAUACUAAUAUAUCAUGUAAUAAAAAAAAAUCGUAAAAUUUUAAUAUCAUUGUACUUAUUGUUCAAAGAGAAAUAAUAGAAAAUGGUUUUACGUCACCACGUUGAAGGAUUCGAAAAUUUUUUCGAAUUUAUGAAAAAUUUUAAAUCUAAUGAAUCAAUUUACAUACUUUAUACUGGAAAAAAACUUCCUAACGGCAAAAGUUGGUGUCCAGACUGUGUUGAAGCUGAACCUUUUAUAGAAGAAGGAUUUAAAAUAGCUCCUACAUCAGCACAUUUAAUUGAAGUUGAAGUUGGAGAUCGGCCAUAUUGGAAAGAUUUAAAUUGUCCAUUUCGAGCCAACUCAGUUACAAAAUUAAAAGUUCUACCUACUUUAGCAAAAUGGGGUACACAAAAACGUUUGGAAGGAAAUCAAUGUUUAAAACUUGAUCUAAUUGAAAUGUUACUUGCUGAUGAAGAUGAUUAGAUAGUUCAAUUCUACAUGAUGAUAUGGAUAUCCAAAAUGAAUAAUUGUAUUAUGCGCAUAUAAUGAAUCAAAAAGAUUUCUUAUAAAAAUAUUUUCAAAAAUCAAAUUAAUGUACCAUAAAAGACUUAUGUAAUAAUGAUGGAUUACAUGAUGCAUAUAAAUUUUACCUGGUCUCCAAAGAUA